AUGGAUCGAGGGGACGAUUGCACGCCGACACGGAAAGGUCAUGCUCGGCGUGACGGUGGGUCACGACACGUGGUCAAGGCAUCGCAACAAGCUCCGAUGGAGAAAAGGAUCUGCGACACAAAAUCGCCAGACCAGCCUCCCACACGAUGUGCUGUUCGACACUGUCCAGCUGCCGACACCGGUAGUAACAACCGUAGUGAAAAUGAACAACGAUCAACUAGCAGCAGACAGGUCUUCACCCCCACGUCAGAACAGUCGAAAACGACGGAAACCAACACUACUGCAAGUCGACCCAAAGAAGAAGCGUUACUGGCUUUUCAAGGGGGAGAGGUGUUGGGGAUCUAG